AUGCAGAUAUUAAAAAUACCAUGGUUUGGACAUAAAACGGAAAACAAAACUGUGGAGUGUUAUGCGGUGACAAUAAAUAAAGACGGGACCAGACUAGCGUCAGGGGGGUUAGAUGGGAAUGUCAAGAUUUGGGAUUUAUCUACAAUUACUCUGUUUUAUAAAAUGGCAGAUCAACCUUACAAAUCCAAGAAAGAUCUGGCUUCCACCAAACUAGAGGAAUUGUUGCCUGACAAAUCUUUGCGACGCCCACUUUGUUCUAUGUCUAGACAUAACGGUGUUGUCACUUCCUUGAAGUUUUCGCCUGACGGUAGGUGGCUUGCCCUGGGUUCAGAUGAUAAGAUUUGUUUAAUUUGGGAAAAAGAUAAUACACAAAUAGCCAAACUGUUUGGUACGGACGAACAUGAUCUAGAACAUUGGACAGUUCGGAAAAGAUUGGUUGCCCAUGAUAAUGACAUCCAGGAUAUUUGUUGGUCUCCCGAUGGCAAUUUAUUAGUUACUGUUGGAUUGGAUAGAUCAGUUAUUAUUUGGAAUGCCUUGACUUUUGAAAAAAUCAAGAGAUACGACAUACAUCAAUCCAUGGUCAAGGGGAUAGUUUUCGAUCCAGCAAACAAGUUUUUUGCUACUGCUUCUGAUGAUCGAACAGUGAGGAUUUUCCGCUAUUACAAAAAGCUAAACGAAUACAAUAAUUAUGAGUUUCAAAUGGAGCAUGUUGUUGUUGAUCCUUUUAGGAAGUCGCCCUUGACAUCGUAUUUCAGGAGAAUGAGUUGGUCACCGGAUGGCCAACAUAUAGCUGUUCCAAAUGCAACCAAUGGGCCUGUUCCUUCCGUGGCUAUAAUAAAUCGUGGUAAUUGGGGUAGUGACAUAUCGUUAAUUGGCCAUGAAGCGCCUGUCGAAGUUUGUUCGUUUUCCCCAAGUUUGUUUCAGAUUGGUGAUACUCCAGCUAACGAAGAAAUCAAAUUUCAAACAGUGGUUGCAACUGGUGGUCAAGACCGGACGUUAGCAGUUUGGUCAACUUGCAAUUCACGGCCAAUAGUAGUAUGUCUGGACAUUGUUGACAAUUCAAUCACGGAUAUUUGCUGGUCGCCUGAUGGCGAAACCCUCUACUUUAGUUGCUUGGAUGGCUCUAUUACUGGCAUCAGGUUUGCAAGUGGGGAAUUGGGCCAUUCUGUCAAGGAAGAUUUGAUUGAUCAGCAGUUGAAUAGGUAUGGUGCCGAUAGAGAGAGUACAAUUCUACCUGAAAGUGUAGAGCAAUUACGGUUGGAAGAACAAUCAAAAGAUGCAAGAGCUAUCUCGAUUCGGAGAAUGAUGCCUAUUCAUGAUUUAACUGAAAAGCAAGAGGCAAAGCCAGAACAGACUCAGCAUAUUGCCACGCCAGCAAGUGCAGCCAUUGAUAUGGAAAAGCUUCGUAAACAAACUGUGACAAUGACAAAGUCAGGCAAAAAACGUGUUGCUCCCUUUCUAGUUUCAGCAUCUGCUACCCCCAAGAAUGUGGUGCAGAAACCGUUAGAAAAGAAACGUAGAAUAAAAUUCAAUUCGAAAAUAUCGCAAGCAGCUUAUUUGUUGCCCAAACUGGGAGUUCAAACUACUGUCCACGGGAUUAAAAAGAAAACUGAGUCUGGGUCAAAUGAGAUUGAAGUUGAGGAAAAUAAUGAUAAUGAUGAAAUUGGCGACAAUGUGAUAGCAAAUGCAAACCUGGUUUCAGAUGCAGCAUUGAAAAGACAGAGAAACCGCCGCAAAAGAAAGUUGAUGGAAUCGAAGUAUCCAAACUCAUUCAAGUAUGUAAGCAGUUUGCCAGAGGGGUUAUUCAAUAACCAUACUUUGCAAAACAUUGAGAUUAAUAAGAUUUAUAAAACCCAUAGCAAACACAAGGAUAUACUGGCUGAAAUAUCGUCCAGCACUGCAGUUGAGAUUGAUGAAGAUUUGGUUUUUUCUGUUGUUUUUAGGGUUUUUGAGCAUAUGAGAAAGGAAAAUGAAGUAUUCGGACAAACCUCAAAAAGAGUACGUACUACUAUAGAAGUACGGAACGGGAAACCAUGGGAUGACGAUAGCAGCGAUAGAGAUUUUGAUGAUGCUACAAAAGUCAUUGUGACGGAAGAAGGAAAGGAUAAAAGGGAGUAUUCGUUGUUUUUUCCUUUCAGGGUGCAGCACGUACUUCCGAUAAUCUUGAACGAUGUUUUGAAAUACUAUGUUUUUUGUUCGUUCCAUGGAAGUGUACAAGUAAUCUCAGCCAGCACCGGUAGCUAUAAGUGCCCGACGUUUGAGUUGGGAGAAAGUGUUGUUACUAUGAGACAUAAUCAGGGUUAUUUAUUGGUUUUAACCAGCUCGGGCCUAUUUUACAGUUGGAACUUAAAAGCAAUGAAAGUGAUUAUGAAUGGGGUAUCAGUUGCUGCAAUACUCAAUAAUUAUGAGAUUAACGACAAAACUGUGGUUAGUCCUAUUGUUAAGGGAUUAGAAAUCAAUCCCAAAGAUGGUUCGCCCUUGGUUCUUUUAGAUACCACAAAUGAUGUUUAUGGUUACUCUAUAGACUUGCAGUGCUGGGUCAAAACUAUAGACUCGUGGUAUUAUGGUGUUGGUGUUGAAAAGGGUAUGGAUGUCGGUUUGAUGAGUUUAGCAAAGAAGCUGAAAAUUUCCUAUGAGGAAGAUAAGGUCACAGAAAAGAUUUUCACCUACAAGUUUGAUAGCAGUAAUGAUUUGGAAGCUGCAAUGAAAAAAAGAGGUCAAGAACUACUUGAUUUAAUAUAG